AUGCCGCUCCGAAAAUCACAUUCAAAAUCUCGAUUUGGCUGUUUGCCAUGCAAAAAAAGACACAUCAAGUGUGGAGAAGAGUCGCCCUCAUGCAAUAACUGCACCAACCGCCGUGUGCAAUGUGUUUACAAAUCUCCGCAUACCCCGGACGACGGCUCUUCUAGAAGCAGUACUUCGAUGAGCAGAAGUGAAACCCUUUCUGGAGAACUGCAUACAGCACGUACGCCUAUUACCGUCACACGAGCCCAAGAAUUGCAUCUGAUGGCUCACUACAUCACGUCGACGUGUGAGACGGUGUCACAUGGCAAGGAAGAUAUGCACGUUUGGCAGCAGAUCGUGCCCGACGAGGCGAUUCAUCAUGAAUUUCUCCUUGACGGCAUCUUAGCGCUGUCUUCCCUUCAUUAUGCCUGGAAAUAUCGAGAUUCUAGGCUUGUUUACAGCGAGAUCGCCAUGAAUUAUCACGCCUCUGCGCUAAAAGGAUUCAGGGACGCGUUGAACUGCAUUACCGAUGAGAAAAGAUGCGCCCUGUUCGCUUUCUCUGUCAUCCUGAACGUACUGGCUCUCGCUUUCCCCAACAUUUGCCCAACAUCCGAGCAGUCUUCUCGCGAGGAAAGCGUGGUGACUUUGAUCGAGCUUCUUCAAGGGCUGCGAUUCAUCAUACGCGGCCAGGAAGAUUUUGCGAUACAUCUUGCAAAGUACCAGCCGUUAUGGGCUCCAUUCAUCUAUCCUGCUCAUCUUCCUACUCCCAAGCCUGCCGAUGAAGUUGCCGCCGCACUGGCGAGACUUCGGGAGAGAACAAAUAGUAUUCAAAGCUCCAUCGACGCUGAGCAACACAGGUCCUAUCUUGCGGGAAUCGAAAGCUUGGAAGAAAUCUUCGGGCAAAUGAACAAAGAUCCAACCUACCUUGGUCAAAUCAUCGGAUGGCCAACAACAGUCAGCCCGACAUUAUUAGACCUUUUCAAGCAGGAAGAUCCUAUGGCACAACUGAUUUUUAUCCACUACGGCGCCUUGUUGCUCUACACUCGCGAUCGAUGGUGGGGCAGAAACACCGGAGUUCGCCUGAUUGAGAGUCUUUCACGAUCCGUCUCCAACAAGCAUCCAGACUGGGUGGACCUCAUGCAAUGGGCCAACGCUGCUGCAGUAUCAGUUCAGCAAGACUAA